AUGGAUGAUAUCUGCCACACCAUCACCGCAGGGAGGUUAUUACGUCAGAGGAUUAAAGAGAGGGAUUUCAUGCUUGCUCCCGGUGUGUACGACGGUUUCUCUGCGCGCAUCGCCCUCGAGGUUGGAUUUAAUGUCCUGUACAUGACGGGAGCAGGAGUAACAGCAUCCGUUCACGGAUCCGCUGACCUGGGCAUCGCAACACUAAACGACAUGCGGCGGAGCGCAGAAAUGAUUGCCAACUUAUCACUAUCCACGCCCGUCAUUGCUGACGCAGACACUGGUUACGGCGGACCAAUUAUGGUGGCACGCACGGUUGAGCAAUACUCGCGCUCAGGUGUUGCCGCGCUACACAUCGAGGAUCAAGUGCAGACAAAACGUUGUGGCCACCUCGCUGGCAAGCGCCUAGUGGACUUGACUGAGUAUCUAGCCCGUAUCCGAGCUGCCGUGCAAGCACGCAAAAGGAUCGGAAGCGAUAUCGUCAUCAUCGCUCGAACAGACGCUAUCCAGAAGCAUGGAUAUGAGGAAGCGUUGAAACGACUCCGUGCUGCGCGCGAUGCUGGAGCUGAUGUCGCUUUUCCUGAAGGUCUUCGCUCAGUUGACGAGGCGCGACAGAUCAUCACAGAUCUUGCACCGUGGCCCGUACUUCUGAACAUGGUUGAGAAUAGCGUCACGCCUACAUUGUCAGCUAAAGAAGCAAAACAUUUGGGGUUCAGUAUCAUGAUUGUGCCACUGGCCACGCUGGCUCCGGCUUACACGUCAAUCAAGACUGGGUUGCAAAAGCUGAAGGAAACUGGUUCUGCCAACACGGAGCUCACGCCACAGGCCCUGUUCCGAGUAUGCGGGCUUGACGUAUCGCUUAAGAUCGAUGAGGAGGCCGGAGCUUCCAAUUUCCAAGGUGGCGUGGACUGA